UGAGGGCAAAUUUUACAACGACAACAACAUGAAAUGCGUGCGCUACUAAGACCUAGGGCAGCCGUACUACGGCACCAAUGGAUAAUUACAAGACGGCGGUACCUUGCGACUGUUUCCAGUGAUUUACGACCUUACGAUGUCGUCGUAAUCGGAGGCGGCCACGCGGGCGCUGAAGCAUGUGCUGCUGCUGCACGAUCUGGCGCAAGAACAGCCUUGGUAACGCCGAAAAUCGACAAUCUAGGAACGUGUUCCUGUAAUCCGAGUUUCGGCGGUAUCGGCAAGGGCACAAUAAUUCGAGAAAUUGAUGCGCUCGAUGGAUUGGCAGGGAGGAUUAUCGACAAAUCAGGUGUUCAGUUUCAUACUCUGAAUCGGCGAAAAGGCGCUGCUGUCUGGGGACCCCGCGCUCAAAUCGACCGAGAGCUCUACAAGAAACACAUGAAAGACGAACUCUCUUCGUAUCCGGGCCUAUCGAUCGUGCUCGACAGCGUGUCCGAUAUCGUCACUGAGCCACAAGAAUUGUUCGAAGGCGCAUCAAGUCGCAUUGCGGGCGUGCGCCUGGAGUCCGGUCAAACUCUCCCGACAAAAAAGGUUAUCAUAACGACAGGGACAUUUCUCGGAGGCGAAAUACACAUCGGGCUGACGGCGUAUCCAGCUGGUCGACUCGGUGAGGCGGCGACAUUCGGGCUGAGCAAGUCAUUGCGUGAUGCGGGCUUCGAGCUGGGACGCCUCAAGACUGGCACGCCACCCCGAAUCGACGCAGCGAGCAUAAACUAUGAUGUGCUGGAGAAGCAGUAUGGAGAUGACCCACCAACACCAUUCAGUUACCUCAAUGAAACUGUGGCGAUUCGGGAGCAGAUGACUUGCAGUGUGACGUACACGACGGAGGAAACUCACCGGAUAGUGCGUGAAAACCUUGAUAAGACGAUACACAUUCGAGAGACAGUCAAGGGCCCACGCUACUGCCCCUCUCUUGAGUCAAAGAUUAUUCGCUUCGCCGACAAGGAACGACACAUAGUUUGGCUCGAGCCCGAAGGUUUGGACAGCCCUGUCAUUUACCCCAAUGGUUUGUCCAUGACAAUUCCUGCUGAGGCGCAGGAGGAGGUCUUGCGCACGAUCCCAGGCCUCGAGAACUCAAAAAUGCUUCAGCCCGGGUACGGUGUUGAAUAUGACUACAUCGACCCACGUGGGCUGAAGUCGACCCUGGAGACCAAAGCCAUCAGUGGUCUGUACCUGGCUGGUCAAAUCAAUGGCACGACUGGGUAUGAGGAGGCUGCUGGCCAAGGUGUCCUUGCGGGCAUUAACGCCGGUCGUUCGUCUCAAGGGUUUCCACAGGUUUUUCUCUCAAGAGGGGAUGGGUACAUUGGCAUCAUGGUGGAUGACCUUAUCACGAAAGGUGUCACCGAACCUUACCGGAUGUUUACCUCCCGAAGCGAAUUCCGCAUGGCAUCACGUGCUGACAAUGCUGAUGUUCGACUGACAUCCAAGGGCUAUGGGUGGGGUGUCAUAUCGGAGAAGCGCUGGAGUCGUUUUCGCGAUGAGAGGCAGCAGAUUGAUGACCUUACUAAGCUCUUACAAUCAGUAUCAUUAAGCCCCUUACAGUGGAUCGAAAAGGGGUACCAUAUGAAGCGCAACACUCAGCGUCGCGAUGGUAUAGAUGUCCUCCGUCUCUCAAACCCCGAUACACGCGUCGGUAUCGAACAGCUUGCACCAGUCAUCCCAGGCGUAAUGGACUUUCCACCUCGCGUACGACGUCGUGUUGAAAUCGAAUCAUUUUACGCACCGUAUAUCAAAAUCGCCGAGUCAGAGCGCAAACAGCUAACAAACGAUGAGCGCGUCAAGAUACCCCUUGAUCUCAACUAUGACAACAUUCCUGGGCUUGCAAUGUCAGAGAAGGAGGCGCUCAAGGCAGCGAAGCCAGAGAACCUCGCACAGGCGAGGCAUGUUGAAGGCGUGACUCCAUCGGGCAGUUUACGUCUACUCGCUCACGUUCGUCGGAGGCCUGAAGCAUACUUGUUGGAGAAGGAUGCUUCACGUGGGCGCCGGACACAAAGAACGAAUAAGAAUCGAGGCAGUGUAUAAGUUAAUUUGGGAUCAAUCGCAUACAAAUGGCGUUUCAUUGAAUAAGGUAUUUGGGAGGGGACAAGACAGGUCUUAAAUAAAUCUUUCAAAAGUCAAAUAUUUCUGCCACAAUCUCAGCAUUGUUGUCUGAUUGGGAAUUCGAGUCCGAGAGUUCGAAUAUGCAGGUUAAGAUUUGUUCUAUCAUCAUCGACGCUAGUGUUGGUACAUAAAGGGGGUAUAUGCAAGAUUUUCAAUCAAGCUCAAGCUCAAAGUUCUGUUCGAACCUUGCUGAACUUUGUCUUUUCGUUCAAACCUUGCGUUUCCUGCUUUCUGGAUAGCCCUAGGCACGGGCCGUGCUGGGUGAAGCCAAAUUUGUGGCCUCUUCUGUUUCUAUCGUGGUCUGCAGCUUGAUAGACUCUGAACGACGAUAUCAAAUCAGGGUUUUUUAGAGUUUUGCUUAUUAAGGAUUUUCACUGCAUCCUUUGUGU